CCUCAAAGGACACCUAUGAAGGCGCUCUUCUCCAGUAUAAAUACAAGUACAAGGGCAAGUUCAGAAGAGAAGGUCCUGCACCAUGAAGCCUCAACGUCCUUUGUUAAAGGCGGCAGUGGUUCUGUCGCUGCUGUGCGCCGUGACUGCGGGCGGAGGAGCUGGCUAUGGGCGCGGAGGCAGAGGCCGGACUGGAGGCUCGUCCGUGUGAAGGCCCAGCUGGUUGGCGCAGGAUCUUAUUCUGGCCGUGGCAGGACCAGCGGUUUCGGAGGCGGUGCCGGCGGUAGCGGUUUCGGAGGAGCUAGCGUUUCGGAGGCAGUUCCAUGGGCUAGCGGUUUCGGAGGCGGUGCUGGCGGUAGCGGUUUCGGAGGCGGUGCUGGCGGAGCUAGCGGUUUCGGAGGCGGUGCCGGCGGUAGCGGUUUCGGAGGCGGUUCCAUGGGAGCUAGCGGUUUCGGAGGCGGUGCCGGCGGUAGCGGUUUCGGAGGCGGUUCCAGAGGAGCUGGGGUUUCGGAGGAGCUAGCGUUUCGGAGGCGGUGCCGGCGGUAGCGGUUUCGGAGGCGGUUCCAGAGGAGCUGGUGGUUUCGGAGGAGCUAGCGGUUUCGGAGGCAGUUCCAUGGGAGCUGGCGGUUUCGGAGGCGGUGCUAGAGGUAGCGGUUUCGGAGGAGCUGGCGGUUUUGGAACCCAUAGCGCCGGUUUUGGUCAUUCAGGAGCCGCUAUCAUCAGAGUCAUUGAUGAUGAUGAUCUAUUCGAUAAUUCCCAUGAAUUCUACUGAGCAGAAAGGGUCUUACGAGCACACAAAAAGAAGGAAAAUGCUCAACGAAGUCUUUAAUAAAGAUUCUUAAAAAGUG